CAAUCGACUCUUGGGAUGAAUCGAGGGGAGAACACGCAUGCGCUUCCGGAGAAGUUCGGGAGGUGGUGGUGCGCGCGCGUGCGCUCUGGAGCCUCCGAAGUCCGCCUUCGUGAUCCCAGCAUGCAAUUCGCGUGGGCCAAGAUGGCGGCGCCCGUGCAGCUCAGUAUGGCUAAAGGAGCUCUGCGGCUUUCUUUGCAGAGUGCAGAAUGUUUGCUGAAUCCCGCCCGCUUGGCUGCAUCCUCACUUGUGAUCCCAGUGAGAACGAAGAAGCGAUUUUUCAUUCCACCUUCUGUCAACCCAAAGUAUGUCACACCAGAGCAGCAACAAAUGCAUGCCAGGGCUGCGGGCAUUGUGAUCCCCUAUGAAAAGCUAGUGCGCCCUAUGAAUAUUGCCUGCACAGCUGGGAUCUUCGAUCCUUACGUCCCUCCAGAAGGAGAUGCUCGCAGUUCAUCUUUGUCGAAGGAGGGAUUGAAGCAGAGGACACAGCAGCUCAAGCAGACUGCAGCUUCCCAGUUGGCAAUCCGGAAGAUCAAAGAUUAUGACCCCAACUUCAGCACCAAAACUUUUGCAGUAACAGCCCAGGAGAUUUUUAUUGAAGCUCACAAUAGCUUGACAAACUUUGACAAACACAAGCUUCACUCUUUAGUAACAGAACGCUGUUAUCCGGACAUGGUACGUGGAAACAGAUACAAGACCAUCCGGUGGAGUUUCGUGGAGUCCCUGGAGCCCCCUCGUGUGGUUCAAGUGCGAAGUACUGACAUGGUAAACAAGGGCAACUUGUAUGGACAAGUGACAGUGCGCAUGCACACCCGGCAGACUCUAGCUAUCUAUGACCGGUUUGGCCGGCUGAUGUAUGGUGGGGAGGAGAUACCAAAGGACGUCCUGGAAUACGUUGUGCUGGAAAGACACUUGGUCAAUCCAUACGGUCCGUGGCGGUUGCAUGGCAAGAUUGUUCCAUCUUGGGCUCCCCCGAAAGACGCCGUCAUGAAGACUGUGAUGAUCCCGGGCCCACCACUGCCGCCUUCUCAGGAAUAUGAAGAGAUCAGCAUUCCACAAGCCACACCAACACAACAGACUGUGUGAUACAAAACAUGUUUAAGCGGUGGGCCGCAGGGGAUAGAAUUUCUUGUUUCUGACUGGUGGAGGUCACCCUAGAAUUGAAACAUAGUGUACUGGUCUUGAACAUGUAACAAUGUUUCAAGCUUCUUAAAGCCAGAGACCAUCCGAACUGCCCAAUCUUUGUGGCUUCUUCAGUUUUCUUCCAGAGGACAUCUAUUGCAUAUCUUCAAGUUCUUGCUGAAAUGUUGAUCAGUUAAAGAGACAGUGAAGGUAGUGCUUAAUUUUUUUAGGGAAUAAAACAGAAAGUACUGUCA